AUGUCAACUCUUUUACCAGAAGUCCCCCGCUCAACCCGAAUAAUCGUCAGCGACGACCACGAAAGCUCCGACGCAUCGACCGCCCCUUCUCCUUCCACAACCGUUAGCUCCAGGAGCUUCGACACCAAACCUGCCACAACUUCAGAUUACUCGAGACCAGCAAUGCAACGAAAGGCUUCAUCACCCCUAGCACCCGCCUUUAUGGUGUCCGCUCCAGGCAAAGUCAUCGUGUACGGAGAACAUGCGGUCGUCCACGGCAAGGCCGCAAUGGCUGCGGCAAUUUCCCUCCGGUCAUAUCUCCUCGUCACUACACUCUCCAAAUCGCAGCGCACAAUCACACUGAACUUCCGUGACACGGACCUGAACCAUACGUGGAACAUUGACGAAUUGCCCUGGGAGCUGUUCAAGCAGCCGUCGAAGAAGAAGUACUACUACGAUCUCGUCACGACCCUCGAUACCGAAUUGUACGAUGCGAUUCAGCCUCAUGUCGAAGAUAUCUCCCCAGACGCCGCGGAGGAGAUGCGGAAAAUCCACAAACGCUCCGCUAGCGCUUUCCUCUACCUCUUCCUCUCCCUCGGGUCUCCGCAGAACCCUGGCGCCAUCUACACCCUUCGAUCUACAAUUCCCAUCGGCGCCGGUUUAGGGAGCAGCGCAAGUGUCUGCGUGUGCAUGAGCGCUGCGCUGCUGCUUCAAAUUCGCACCCUUGCCGGUCCCCACCCCGAUCAGCCACCAGAUGAGGCGGAAGUCCAAAUUGAGCGCAUCAAUCGCUGGGCGUUUGUCGGAGAAAUGUGCAUUCACGGAAACCCCAGUGGUGUAGACAACACGGUAUCCGCAGGCGGAAAGGCCGUGAUCUUCAGACGGGGCGACUACUCGAAACCACCGUCCGUCGUCUCCCUCCCAACCUUCCCUGAACUCCCACUCCUCCUUGUCGACACGCGCCAGGCGCGUUCUACCGCCGUUGAAGUCGCCAAAGUGGGUGACCUGCGCAAAGAAUGGCCCAUUGUUACUGAGUCUAUUCUCGAUGCAAUUGACAACAUCACAACAUCCGCUGAGCAAGUCAUCCGAGCCCCGAGCCCCGAGGGCCUGUCCGACAGCACUCUCCAACAACUCGGAACACUCAUCCGAAUCAACCACGGUUUCCUCGUUUCUCUGGGUGUAUCUCACCCGCGCCUCGAGCGCAUCCGCGAACUUGUGGACUAUGCCGAUAUUGGCUGGACCAAGUUGACCGGUGCCGGUGGUGGCGGCUGCGCUAUCACCCUGCUACGUCCAGACCUCAAGGGAGAAUCCCUCGCCAACCUGAAACAGCAACUCGACGAUGAGAACUUUGGCAUUUACGAGACGACUCUUGGAGGCGAUGGGAUUGGUGUGCUCUGGCCGGCUGUGCUCCGCAAUGGCUCAGACGAGGAGGGCGGCGAGGAGAUCGACCAGCAGAAGUUCGAAAACGCCAUUGGCACUGACGGCAUUGAGCGCCUUGUCGGUGUCGGUGUUCAGGAGAAGAGAGAGGGCUGGAAGUUCUGGAAGCGCGCUAUUGCUUGA